AUGUUCGUCUCAAGCCUUCUCUCUUCAGCCCUAUUACUCCUCUCAAUUGCAGCACCAGCCACAUCCCGCCUCGUGGGAAUUCCCACCGUUCCAUUCAACAUCUCCUCCCCGUCUAAAUUCGUCCUCAAAUCCGUUAACGCCAUCGUCGUCGACAGCAGAUAUGCGAAUGCCACCGAUCUCAAUGGCACGACGCUGAUUCCGCCCUCGCUGCACGCCUUCGCUGAGACUUUCGCUGAGGAUCUCCAUCCCUACGUUGGCGAUGUCCCCGUUUCUCUCGGGAGCGAGGCUUCUCCCGGAUCGAUCUUCCUCACGCUGGGCGAUGCGAAGGACUUUCUCGACGCAGCUGGUCGCCCAACGUCCGAGGGCUACACGCUCUCCGUGACCGAUCGAGACGUCACCAUCACCGGAGCCAGCCCUCUAGGCGUCUGGUGGGGAACGAGGACAAUUCUGCAGCAAGCAGCGCUGGGCGAUGGGAAGCUGCCCGUGGGCUCUGGAACGGACGCGCCGGGCUGGGGCAUUCGAGGCGCGAUGCUCGACGCUGGACGCCAUUACUACCCGCCAGAAUUCCUCGUGGAAAUCUGCUCGUAUCUCUCCUUCUUCAAGCAGAACACCUUCCACGUGCAUCUGAGCGACAACCUCUACAACAACCCCAACUACACGCGCCAGCAGAGCCUGGACCUGUACGCCGCCUUCCGGCCCAACUCGGACGACCCUGCUGUUGCUGGUCUCAACAGGCGCGCCAACGAGUCCUACUCCCGCAGCGAGUUUGAGGAUAUCCAGCAGAAAUGUGCGGCGCGGGGCGUGACCAUCGUGCCUGAGAUCGAAUCGCCCGGCCAUGCGCUGGUCAUCACGCAGUGGAAGCCCGAGUUGGCGAUUUCCAGCGACAUCAGCCUGCUGAACAUCAGCUAUCCGGAAACGAUACCCACGGUGCAGAGCAUCUGGAGCGUGUUUCUGCCGUGGUUUCACAGUAAGACGGUGCACAUUGGCGCGGAUGAAUACGUGGAUGCGGCUCUGAGCAAGGACGCCCUCGUCGACGAAUACAACUACUUCGUCAACUCGAUGAACGCCUUCAUCACCAACCGCACCGGCCAGGCCGUCCGCAUCUGGGGUACAUUCCCCCCCUCGCCCAACGGCACCAACGUCGACAAGAACGUCUCGAUCCAGCACUGGGAGUUCUUUGAGGCGAACCCCUACUGGGACUACAUCAUGAACGGCUACAGUGUGCUCAACUCCGACGACGCCUUCUACAUCGUCAACAAGUACUCCGCCUCGUAUCCGCAGGAGCUGAAUAUCACACGCAUCUUCCACGGCGCGCCUGACGGCGGGCCCUAUGCGCCGUACAUCUUCGACACCAGGAACGCGUCUAACAACCCCCAGCGCGACAAUCCCGCCGUGCUGGGCCAUGUCGCCGCGCUGUGGAACGACGACGGCCCCAACGCGACGACCUACAGCGAGGCAUACUAUGCCUGGCGCAACGGCCUCCCUGCCCUGGCCGACAAGCAAUGGGGCGGCGAUCUGCUCGAGGACGAGUACGCGGACAUCUUCGACCGGCUGCACGCGGCAGUCCCAGCGCAGAAUCUCGACCGCGCCAUUCCCUCCAAAUCCAGCACCAUCGUGCAAUACGAUUUCACGGACGGCUCGUCCAAGGUCAAGGAUCUUUCCGGCAACGGCUACGAUGCUACGACUAAUUGUUCUAUUGCCAACUCCGCCGUCUCCCUGACCCCGUCGUGCUCCGUCUCCACGCCGCUGGGAUCCAAGGGCAGGAACUACACGCUUUCCUUCUCCGUGUUUCCGACAGCGAACACCACCGGCGCCUUGUUUACCGGCCCCGACUCUGCCCUACUCUCCGGCAACGGCACGUCUCCUGAGAUCAUGCUCGUGGCAGCCGGUAACGCCUUUGCGCUGAACUACUCCCUCCCGCGGAACACAUGGAUGCACGCCAGCCUCAUCGGACGGGGGAACCGGACGUUCUUCGGCGUCGGCAACGGAACGGAGCUGGAGUUCCUGGCCAAGCUGGGGAUCGACGGCGAGUACUUUGUCUGGGCGCCGAUAGCGAUCGAGGCGCCGCUGGCGACGAUUGGGGGGGGUGGUUUUAGGGGGUUGAUCAAGGAUGUCAGGUUGGUGGAUUAUGCGUGA